AGCGGGCGUAUCUCGUCACUUGGAGCUCGUGAGCGUGCGCUGCUUCCAUCAGUCUAGGUCCGACAUGGCAGCGCGGUCCUUGUGGGCGGUCCGGCGGCGGGUGCAGCACCUUUUGGCCUCGCGUGCCACGUCCGAUGGCAGGGGAUGUCUGCAUCCUUUCAGCACUGCCACGCAGAGCACCGCUGGUGAGGACUGCAGUUCUGAGGAUCCUCCUGAUGACCUUGGGCCCUCUCUUGCAGAAAGAGCCUUAAAGCUAAAAGCUGUUAGACUGGAGAAGGAAGUCCAGGAUUUAACAGUGAGAUACCAGAGAGCUAUAGCUGAUGGUGAAAACAUAAGAAGGCGAACCCAGAGAUGUGUAGAAGACGCCAAGAUAUUUGGAAUUCAGAGUUUCUGUAAGGACUUGGUAGAGGUGGCAGACAUUUUGGAGAAGACUACAGAGUGCAUUUCCGAAGGAACAGAGCUUGGAGACCAGAAGCUUACUCUAGAGAAGAUCUUCCGAGGGUUGUCACUUUUAGAAGCAAAGCUGAAAAGUGUGUUUGCCAAGCAUGGCCUGGAGAAGAUGACCCCCGUGGGUGAUAAAUACGACCCUCAUGAGCAUGAACUGAUCUGUCAUGUGCCGGCUGGUGUGGGGGUGCAGCCUGGCACGGUGGCGUUAGUAAGGCAAGAUGGCUACAAGCUUCACGGCCGCACCAUUAGACUUGCCCAGGUGGAAGUGGCAGUGGAGUCCCAGAGAAGACUGUGAACGGGCCAUGAGGAACUGAAUGUUCUUCAGAGUGCAGUCGCCUGUGUUUCCUUUAUUUAUUAAACUAGGUUUGUAUUGUACAUGAGCUACUUCAUGUGAUCUGUUUUGGAUUUAGUCAUAUUGGCUUUAUUUCUAAGAUACUGUAUUGAUUUAAUGUGACCUCUUUGGUCUCAUCAGAAGUCUUGCCAUUGGGCAUUUGAACAAUGUGACAAGUGUUCCUAUGGCCUUUAUCAAAAUAUGUUUAAGAAAAUUAUUUUUAAAUUAGUACUCUGGUGACUUUCAAUCCAAAAUCUUUUCAAAAGGUGGAAAUGAGUGUGUGUGUGUGUGUGUG